AAGACAGGCAGACGAAGCACGAAGACGAGACGGAAGUGGACUUGCCUGUCCCCAGUGCGUGCAGCCCAGCGAGCCAUCCUUCCUUCUUGCUGGGAAAAUGGCCGGGUCAGGCAGUCGGGGAAAUGGCAAUGAACUUUACGAAAUUUUAGGAGUUCCGAAAUCCGCAUCGGAUACCGAUAUCAAAAAGGCUUACAGAAAAUUAGCAAAAGAAUUUCAUCCCGACAAAAAUCCAGAAGCUGGAGACAAAUUCAAGGAAAUUUCUUUUGCAUAUGAUGUGCUGUCUGACCCCAAAAAACGCCAAGUUUAUGAUAGAUUUGGAUUGAAAGGCCUACAAGAAAGUGGAUCUGAAGGACCUUCAUUUGGUGGCCAUGACAUCUUCUCGCAAUUAUUCGGUGGGGGCUUGUUCAACAUGCCAGGUGGGGGCCGAGGCAGAGAACGGUAUCAGGGAGAAGAUACCGUACAUCCUCUCAAGGUCUCACUUGAAGAUUUAUACAAGGGGAAAACAUCUAAGCUGCAACUCAGUAAAAACAUGAUCUGCACAGCUUGCAAAGGCAAAGGGUCAAAAUCUGGACAGAGUUAUCAGUGUCGAGGUUGUCGUGGUGCUGGUUGCAAAAUUCAGUUCAAGCCAAUCAUGGGGAACAUGUCGGCUCAAGUGCAAGUCAAGUGUACAGACUGCAAUGGUGAAGGUCAAACCAUAACUGAAAGUGACCGCUGUCCUACUUGUCGAGGAAAGAAAGUUGUUAUUGAAACAAAAAUUUUAGAAGUGAAUAUCACCAAGGGUAUGGAGGACGGUGCUCGUAUUACAUUCUGGGGACAAGGAGACCAGCAGCCUGGUGUUGAACCGGGUGAUGUUGUGAUAGUCCUUCAGCAAAAACCCCAUGAAAAAUUCCAGCGGAAUGACUGUGAUCUGUACAUGUCUCAUACUAUAUCGCUCACUGAAGCACUUUGUGGCUUCCAAUUUAUAGUGAAACACCUUGACGGCAGAGAAAUUGUUGUGAAGCAUCCUCCUGGACAGAUAAUCAAGCCAGGUGAUGUUAAGGGUAUUCCAAAUGAGGGUAUGCCUUUGGCCAAGAGCCCCUUUGAACACGGGAACUUGUACAUAAAGUUUGAUGUUACAUUCCCUUCCAAUCAAUUUGUUCAGCCAGAGCAAUUGAAGAUGCUGGAAGAGUUGCUUCCAAGUCGACCCAGCUUCGAAAUGCCCAGUGGAGAUAAUGUUGAGGAAGUCAUGCUUCAAGACUACGAUCCAAAUGACAGAAGUAAUAGCCAAAGCUCCAGAGGGGAAGCUUACCAAAGUGAUGAAGAAGAAUCUGGAGGAAGGAUUCAGUGCCCUGCACAGUGAGGUUAUUUUACUGUCAUUUGCUACCUGAUCAGCUGAACUGCUUGUUGAAUUUUAUGUGACAAGCUGUUUUAGCCUUUCAAGGCUGAAUUCUACAUUCAUAUGAAAUAAUUGCACGUCACACCUAUAUGUGUGAAUCACUGUGAACCAACAUUAAAUUAAGAAUGGCCCAUUUUUAUAGUACUCACCCAACAUCUUCAAUCACUGCAUUCUUGAAUUUUUUCAUUCUAUUAACUUUUUUAUAGUUUUUUAAAAAUAUUACAAUAAUAUUUAAUUAUUGGAUUAGUACUGUUCAAACGGUUGUAACCAAAGGCCCUUAAUUUUGUUGGUUCAUGGUGCUGCUGUUAGAUACUGUUGAUUUUUUUUCAUUAGGUAAUAAACAUUUAGAGCUCACAGGAAACACUGGAGUCUUCUCAAAUUUAAUUUGGAUUGUUCAUGUUUUCACUUUACAUCCAUCCUUUUUUUUUUUUUUUUUUUUUUUUUUUUGCUUUUCUUCAUGACGGGCCUCAUUGCACCUUGCAAUGACAUACCAGUGUACUGUAAAAGCUUGCAGAUUUUUUAUUAAAGGCGCUUUCACUCCAACUGAUUUUGCUAUUUCUUUAUGUUAGCAGUAAUUUAUAUUGCUGGGAACCUUGCAAACUAUUGCUGAUUCAAGCUAGAUGUGUUCUUUAUAUAACUUGUCCUUGCAAACAUCAGUAUCAAGUUUGCCCUGUCCAACAUUAUUGUACUAUGGGACCACAGACGAUUUUGAGCAAUUUCUAGGAGUUUCCCUUUACCAGUACAUACUCAUGACAACUUAAUUCCUGAAGCCCAAGGCUUCUUCUUUUGAAGUGUUCCUCUAAAUGCUCUAAUAUGCCUUAAAAGCCAACAUUGUCUCGUAUUUGUCUGUGGUUUAUUUUAUUGUAUAAGUGUAUGUUUGGGUGUGAGUGAUUGUUCAAGCUGGGUGUAUUUUCAGAAUGACAUCACUGUCUCUUUUGUUGCAUAUAUUCCUGUUAAGAUAGUGCGGAUGCGAGAGGGGUAUUUGUAACAUUAUUGGGUAGGGUUGGUACUGCCUCAGUACACUUUAGCUGUAUUCUCCACAUAAUAGUAAAUCAUAUUAGGACCUUUUAUUUGAUAUUCCAAUUGAAAUUUGUUAAAUUUGUUUUAGCUUCUCAUUGCCUAAGAGGCUCUGGAACUCAAUUACUACGACUGAAAAUUUAAACUCUGUACAUUUCUUAACCGUUUCUAGCAAGACUGAGGAUGAACACAGAUCUUGAUUUGUUUUAUUAGCUCAAGCAUUUCAACCUGUCCGGUGGUUCGAGGCCGAAUUUUGGUGCGACAUUGUGAUUCUCAUCAACAAAAUUCUGUAUGUAAAACCAACACUCCGAGAGAACAGAACCAAUAAAGUAAGCGAGAUGGUUGUGAUUA